AUGGCGAUCCAUACCGACUAUCCUGGCCUGACAGUGGAGAUAUACGUCGACGGCAAACCACUUGAGGAAUACGAGGACUCGGAAGAGGAAGAUGUGCCUAAGACAACCACGCGAUACGUUGAAUGCCGGUCGGGUGCGGAAUUCGCGAUACAUACGAACUUCAAGGCACCUUUUACCCCGAUGGAUACAGACUUGUGCGUUCGUCUAGACGGAGUAAUCAUGAGCAAGUUCAUCGUGCUCAAAACGGAAAUGUUCAUGAGACCUUACGAUCAAUCGAACACGCGCUGGAACGAUAACGGGACGUGGAGGGCAUCUAAUUUUCUCUUCUCAGACCUCAGUGUGGUCGAAGAGAAGAGUGCAACGACCUUUAGAGAAACCCUAGAGGCUCUGAGCUCUGUGGGCACUAUAUCUGUCAAACUUACACCAAUCCUAAGCUAUCGGAAAAGGAUACAUCCAAAAGGCAAAAAGACAGAGUUAAGAGAGGUUGGAGAAGUCUCUGAAGAAUCUGUUAAGGGCGAUGUGCGCUCUCACAUGAUAAGGUUGGCACCAGCACAUGUCAUAGAGCCAGCUACUAAAUACAUAUCUAAAAAGGCGAAAGAACCUCUGGUAGCAUUCCAGUUCAAGUAUCGCUCUAGCGCCGCACUGAAAGCUCUCGGCAUGAUACCCCGCUCACCAAGUCCACCUCCAGCUCCUAAACUAGAGCUGGUCAAGAAGGAAGAGUUACCUGAGCCCACACCAAUCAUUGUCCCAAACGUCAUGUCAACUGCUGCCACUCUACAACCAAAUAUCGUCAGCAGCACACCCACUCCGUUCCAACAGGGUUCUGGCCAACCUACUUCCACCGAACACGACGGACUCAGAGAUUCAGAAAUCAUUGCUCUCAUCAAGCACUACCGCGGCGACACCAAGGGACUGGCGGGUCAAAGCCGGAAGCGUCUACUGCUACUGCUCAAGCAUUACGAGGGAGAAGACGCCGAUAGCGUACAAAUCAAGCAAGAGCCCAUCUCGAAUGAAUCGCAGGCGCAGAUCAAGCGCGAGCACGCUGAUGAUGGCGCCGCGCGCGGACAGGGAAAGAAGCGCAAGGCUGAAGUUAUAGUCCUGGAUGACUGA